AAAUUUCUUUGUCCAUCAUCACAGGCAACAAUCACGUGUUGUGACCAAUUGAGAUUUACGGAUAAAUGUUAUAUGUACAUUGGUUUAUACCUCUUGAUUUAACAUUAUAUAUUGUAUGAAUAAAGAGGAAACAACCUGAAGCAAUUGUUAGAUAAAUAUUUAAUAUAUCAACAUUAAAAUGGCGGAAUGUGGAUUUACUUCAUUGAACGGAUUUAAAUUGGCAGACUUACUAUCCAAUGAUGGAGUUAUGUUUGAAAUUGGAGAACCAAUAUGCGAUGAGGAUGAAGAGUUUGGAUAUACUCCAUUUGCACAAUACAGCAAUGAGGAGAUAUUAAAUAUGUUAAACAUGAACGAUUUUGAAAAUGAUGAAGAUAAAGAACAAGAAGCUGUACUUAUUUAUGGUAUAAGCUUUGACAAGUUAAAAACUAAAAUGACAAAUUUGACUUCAGAUGGAAAGGUGAUGAAAUUUAUUAAACAGAAAGGUGUUGGAGAAGUCAUACCCAAUAAUGCUCAGGUUACCAUUCAUUAUUUGGGAUACUUGGAAGAUAAUGACGAACCUUUUGAUUCUACAUAUAUUUGUGGAAAACCAAAAACAUUGCGUCUAGAACAGGGCAUGGUUAUACCUGGUUUAGAACUAGGUAUAGCUAGUAUGCGGAAGCAUGAGAUCUCAGUGUUCUGGUUACAUCCUGACUAUGCCUACAAAGCUAUUGGCUGUCAACCGCGCAUCCCUCCUAAUGCGGAAAUAGUAUUCAUUGUCCAUUUAAUUGAUUUUAUUGACAACGGCUCUGCGGAUACGUAUUACAAUCUCAGCUUGGAGGAUAAACAGUCAUUUCCACAUGUAGUAGAAUCUGUCAUGCAUAGAUUUGCAACUGCCAAAGACCAUUUUGCGAAGCAACGUUACAAAACAGCAAUACGAGAAUAUAAAAAAAUUACUGACUGUCUAGAAAUAGUAAAGUUGAAGGAUAAUGCAGAAGAGCAUGAAAUGAAGAAAUUACUCUCCAAGGCUUAUACUAAUCUCGGGGUUUGCUUCAACAAGAUCGAUAUGCCACGCAAUGCUUGCGCGUAUUGUUUCCGGGUGCCUUUUCCAACAGUCAAAACUCAUUAUACUUUCGGCCAAGCUCUGCUAAGAAUCGCAGAAUAUGACGAAGCAAUGAAGGAGUUGCAGAAAGCUUACAAGUUAGACCCGCAUGAUGCGUAUAUUAAGAAAGCAAUUCAACAAACGAACAUGAAACAGCGCCGAUAUCUGGAGAUUGAGAAACGUUUGUGGAAAAAUUGCUUCAAGUCUGAGAAGAACAAAACCAAAGCCACUGAAUUCCGACAAGCCGCACGCGAAUUAUGCGAGUCGGUGCAAAACAAUAUAUUGAGACAAUCUCUCCCUGAAGGUUUUACGGAGGAAGAGCUUGAAAUCAUACGUGAAGAAGCUGCUGCAUCAGGACUGAGCAUCGUUAAGCAUAUAAGAUACGGCAAAGAGGUCAUAUACAUUCAGAAGAACAAUGCGUGAAUUUAUACCGUCAAGUUUGAACAUUAAUCUUCUCUGAGUUUAUUAUUAUAUUAUCUAAGUUUAUUAAUAAUCUCGAUUGCUUCUCUCUGUCACGUCUUAUAUGAAGCGUUAAUUUUGUAUUACAACAGCGAUCGCGUCGUUUAUUAUAGAUACUACUGAUUGAUAUAUAUUUCACGUUUACAUUAGUGUAAUCUUAAAAAAAAUUGUUUUUAAAGCAAUAUUCACAUUUAUCGAAAUAACUUAAAAUUGGCCGAAUUCUGUUUUAUAUAUUUAUAUAUUUCAACAUUAGACUUUCCAACUAGAGUCUUGGAACUACAUUUGAGUUUCAUGCAGAACCAUAUGCAUAAUUUUGUUUAGAAAUAGCAAACUAUACACUCAAUCUCAAUGCAAGUUUUAGAAGAAAGCCGCUGUAGUAGCGUUUCGUCUUAAAAAAAAAAAUAGAUUAGUAGGAACCCAAAGAACAUUAAGACGUCGUAAAGACGUUUUUGAGACAAUAAGAUAAAGAAUAUUUCUAAAACAUCUUUUAGACAUACAUACACAUAUAUAUUGUGAAAGAAGCCACUACAGUAAUCUAUAGUAGUCAAAUGUAGUAAUCAAAGGGUUAUAUACAUAAAUACUGUACAGGAAUGAGGAAUAACGCGUUACUUGUAACGCUCUUAUCGUUCUCAUUCUCUUUCUUCAAUAACGAUUUAGUAACGAUGUUAUAUUUUUUCAUUAGUAACGGUAACCAUAACACAGUUAUGGUUACUAUACUAUUAUAUUUAUUAGAUGAGGUAACAAAUAUUGUUACUUUGCACACGUAUAAUAUAUAUGGAAAGAGUACACGCGAAUCCUAAAGAAGACCUUCAAACUUGAUAAAAAAGUAACGAAAAUUGUGACGACUAGUUACUUUUUAAGUAACGAUAACGAAUUACUUUUCAAAAAUAAUUUCUAAAAAUAAUUUCUAACUGGGCUAUAUAAUAAAUAUAAAUCAAUACAUAUAUUUUGUACGCCUUUGUACAGAACGCUGCGUAUAUCACUUAUUUAUUUUUUACUAAGCAUGUCGUUCAGGAAAAAUAUACGAAUAUACAUCAAUCGGAUACAUACAAAUCAUAUAUCUAUAUCACUAAAGAAGAUAUUACAAGCUAAAAUAAAAUAAUAUUAAAUAAUCUUAAGAUAAUAUAAUUUGAUAUUUUUUUAUCAU